GACCACUCGCAUCGUUCACAACACUUGUAAUUAUUAUUUUUAUUUAGAUUUUUUCUACUGCCUGUUAUCUUUGUUUUGGUUUCCUCGGUUGAGAAAUCACUCCAUUGACAGUAAAUAUUUAUCUAACUUCGCUAAUACACUUAUAAAUAUACGUCACUGCGACUUUGUUAGACCGGAAAUAAUAAGUGAGUAAAAUAAUAAAAAAGUGAUUUAUUAUAAAUAAAUUAUGCCUUUCCUGGAGACUAUGAAUGGGCAUGGACGUGUCGAUAAACCCAACGAAAACGAGUUUCUUAAGACUGUUGUUAAACAUGUUCCUCACUCAACAUACACAUUUGAAGCAUUACAAGAAACAGCUCAAUUUUUCCUCGAUCGCACAUCGAUAAGGCCGAAAAUAGGAAUUAUUUGUGGCUCUGGAAUGAGAGAGUCUGAACAUAGUGAGUUGUGUCCAGGUUCGAUCGCCGAAUCACUGACCCAGCAGCAAAUCUUUCCCUACGAGGAGAUUCCACACUUUCCCAAGUCCACGGUCAAGGGUCACGUAGGCCAGAUGGUCUUUGGAUAUCUCCAAGAUGUUCCGGUAAUGUGCAUGCAAGGGAGGUUUCAUUACUACGAGGGCUAUCCUCUAUGGAAGUGCGCGAUGCCAGUUCGAGUAAUGAAACUUAUUGGUGUGACUCAUCUGAUCGCAACGAAUGCUGCCGGAGGGUUGAACCCAAAUUUCAAAGUCGGUGACAUAAUGCUCGUGCAAGAUCAUCUCAAUAUAAUGGGAUUCGCUGGCAACAACCCCCUCCAAGGACCCAAUGACGACAGGUUUGGCCCGCGAUUCCCACCGAUGAAUAAAGCUUAUGAUCGAGAGCUUCUUAAAGUUGGGAGAGAAGUUGCUGAAGAAAUGGGGAUAUCAGAUAUCGUACAUAAAGGAGUUUAUACUUGUCUUGGCGGACCUAGUUUUGAAACAGUUGCUGAACUUAAAAUGUUGAGAAUGAUCGGAGUUGAUGCCGUUGGCAUGUCAACGGCACACGAAGUGAUAGCCGCACGUCACUGCAAUCUGACUGUCUUCGCAUUCAGUUUAAUAACAAAUCUCUGUGUCUACGAUUACGACUGUCACGACGAAGCCAAUCACGAGGAGGUAAUGGACGUCGGAAAAUCUCAGCAGCCAGUACUCGAAGAUUUCGUCCGUCGUAUGGUUCAAAGAAUCAAGCCCUUAGUCACUGAAACUUAAAUUUUAUUUAUCAAAAAUUUUCCAUAACGUUUUUUAUUCAAGCAAAAAAAGAAAUUUUUUUCACGGUAAAAAAUUAAAUGAAAGCAUUUGAUUAUAAAUUUUUCCGUAUUUUUUAUGACUGCCGAUUUACUAAAGGAAUAAAAUUUUAUUUUUUUAUUAUUGACUAUUCUAUAAAACAAAUACAAACAAAAACACCAUUAAUAUAAAUUUAUUUUACUGCAUAUGGCCAUUUUGCCCUUGGUGACUUAAAAGUACUGUAUAUUUGAAUGUAGAUGUAGACGUAGAAUGGGUAUAGUAUUUUAUAUCGAAUCGGAUUCUACCUGGUGGCAUCCCAGCGGAUCCGAGGAAAAUAAAAAACAAAUAAAACAAAAGAA